AUGCCAAACGAUCAAUUGCAAGUGCUUAACGCGCUGGAUGUUGCCAAGACACAAUGGUAUCAUUUUACGGCGAUUAUAAUCGCCGGAAUGGGAUUCUUCACCGAUGCAUAUGAUUUGUUUUGCAUCUCUCUCGUCACCAAAAUACUUGGCCGCAUAUAUUACCACAAAGAUGGUUCUGAUCAUCCCGGAUCUCUUCCUUCCAACGUAGCCGCUGCCGUAAACGGCGUCGCAUUCUGCGGUACGCUCGCCGGCCAACUCUUCUUCGGUUGGCUCGGUGACAAAAUGGGAAGAAAAAAAGUCUACGGCAUGACACUUAUGCUGAUGGUUAUUUGCUCGGUUGGCUCUGGUCUGUCCUUGGGAAAAGACUCUACGGCAGUGAUGGCAACACUGUGUUUCUUUCGUUUUUGGCUUGGUUUCGGCAUCGGCGGCGACUACCCUCUUUCUGCGACAAUCAUGUCUGAGUACGCAAACAAGAAGACUCGCGGUGCUUUUAUUGCAGCUGUGUUUGCCAUGCAAGGUUUUGGGAUUCUGGCUGGAGGGAUGGUUGCUAUUGUCGUUUCUGCAAUAUUUGAUCACAGGUUUCCUGCUCCGGCUUAUGAAGUUGAUCCCAUUUUAUCAACACCUCCGGAGUCUGAUUUUGUUUGGAGGAUAAUCUUGAUGUUUGGUGCCCUCCCGGCAUUGCUGACAUAUUACUGGCGGAUGAAAAUGCCGGAAACUGCACGUUUUACAGCCUUGGUUGCGAAGAAUGCUAAACAGGCUGCAGCAGAUAUGUCGAAAGUUCUUCAGGUUGAGUUAGAGUCAGAACAGGAGAAACUUGAUCAGCAUACCAGAAAUGAAUAUGGGUUAUUCUCGUCGGAGUUUCUCCAGCGACAUGGACUUCAUAUGUUGGGUACUACAAGCACUUGGUUCUUGUUAGACAUUGCGUUCUACAGUCAAAAUCUUUUUCAAAAAGAUAUUUUCAGUGCUAUCGGAUGGAUUCCCAACGCAAAAACCAUGAAUGCCGUUGGAGAGGUUUUCAAGAUUUCUAGAGCACAGACUCUGAUUGCUCUUUGCAGUACAGUUCCCGGUUAUUGGUUCACGGUUGCAUUUAUUGAUAAAAUGGGAAGAUUCAAAAUUCAAUUAAUGGGUUUUUUCUUCAUGACAGUUUUCAUGUUUGCAUUGGCCAUUCCUUAUAAUCACUGGACAUUGCCGGACAAUAGAAUUGGGUUUGUGGUCAUGUAUUCCUUCACUUUCUUCUUCGCGAAUUUUGGUCCAAAUGCGACGACGUUUGUGGUGCCUGCUGAGAUAUUCCCUGCAAGGCUGAGAUCAACCUGCCAUGGGAUAUCGGCCGCGUGGGGAAAGCUUGGAGCAAUUGUGGGUUCCUUUGGAUUUCUGUACGCUGCAAAGUUUAUUGGAGUGAAGAAGACGCUGAUUAGUCUUGGUGUUGUGAAUUUUGCUGGAUUGUUGUUCACAUUCUUGGUUCCGGAAACGAAGGGAAAAUCAUUGGAGGAAAUGUCUGGUGAAGCGGAGAUUGAAAGUGAGAGUGUUCAACAGGAAACGUCCUUGCAGAGCAUUCUCCGCAUCAGAUCCUUGGCGCCCCCCGAUACCGACUUGAACACCCCAAUCGGAAAUCUCAAAUUGGCUCUCAGAACCGCUUCGAACGUCUCUACCGUCGACUCCCCGAAGAAUGGCGGGAAUCCCGCCAGCAUAAUGUACAUAAUCACACCGGCGCUCCACACAUCCACCUUCUCCCCGUAUUCCCUUCCGGCCAGCACUUCCGGCGCCACGUAGUACGGCGUCCCCACUAUGCCUCUCAUCGACGCCGCUUCCCCUUCCACGAACGCCUCUGCCGAGCCGAAGUCCGCCAGCUUCACCACCUCCCUCGAGUCGAACAUCACGUUUUCCGGUUUCACAUCGCGAUGCACGACACCGAGCC